AUGUAUAAAGAUUUGACCUUUUUUGUUUUAACAAUAUUUUUCUUCUUUUUUAAUGAAGCAAAAAUUAUUGAAGGGGACUUAAACAAUUCGAAUGAAAAAGAUGGAAAUAGAUACAUUUCCUUGGAUAAAAAUAACAUAAAUGAUUUUAUUGGAGUUAAGGAAAACAAAUUUUUAUUUAACGUUACAUGUAGGACAUCAAAAAUGCUAAGCAGCAUGAAGGGUUACAUCUUGAGCAUGUUUCACUCCUCCAUGGAUUUUCUAGAAAGGCUUCAGUACGAAAACCCAAUCUCCGAUAACGCACAGACGAUUGAAAAUAUAAUUGAAAAAACGUGGGAUCGAGAAAACAAGGAAUUUCUGUUGACAACUAAAAAGUUAAUAGAGCAGUAUACAGAUAACGAUUUAUUUAUAUUACAAAUUGGUUUAAAUAGUAUUGCAUCAGCAAUACUUGAUAAACCUGAUAAUGCAAUAUUUAUAGAAGAAAAUAUGGGAAUAUGUAAGAAUUAUUUUCUUUAUAAAAAUAAUAGAUGUUUGUUACUUUUAAAAGGGGUAGAAUUUUAUUGUAAAAGAAGUGAAAAAAAUACACAAAAUAGUAAAGAAGAUAUAUAUGGAACCUUAGACUUAAUUACUAAAAUAUAUCAAAACAAAAAUAAUCAAGUAAUAGAUAUACUUAUUGUCAAUCAUAAAUAUCCCGUUUCCUUGUUAUAUUACAUAUACCCGUACUUAGAUUCUUCUACACUUGUAAUUUUAAUGGAUAAUUUAAAUCAUCAAAUGAAAGCAGCUAUUUUUGAGUACUACAAUUUUGUGGGUGAAGCAGACUUUUCUAGGAGUUUCGAAAGGAAGUUAUUUAACUCAUACAGCGCGAAUUACCAGGAGGAUGGAAGUAGUGGCAAUAAUGGCACUAGUAACAAUAGCGAUAAUACCGGAAAUAGCAACAGUAGUGAUGAAGUUGACAACAAUAAGACGAAGAGGUAUGAGCAGGACGAGAACAUUUUCAUUUACAGCAAAAUGAAGCAGUCACCUUUCUACGUUAUCACGUUAAACCCUAAAAUCAUGAUGAACCCAACGGAAAACCUGUACAAAACUUUUAUUUCCAAAGAGUAUACUUCAUCUUAUGAAACAGAAAUUAGUCGUAUGAUAAAAGACAUUGAAAAAAUAUUAACAUUUAAUAAAAAUUUUUAUGAAAAACAUAAAAUCCUUGUUAACAAUUAUUUUUCUAUUAUUAAUGAUUUCGAAUUUGAUAAUAAUGAAGAAGGAAAGAAAAAUGUAACUGAUGCAUUAGCAUUAAUACUUAAAGCAUUUGCAAGUUCAGGUGAUAUAAAUAAAAAUAAUUAUGAGUAUGCUAUAAUCAGUUUAAAGAAUAUAUUUGAAACUAUGUUAUUUAAUAUAUAUGAACAGUCCAAAUUUAAAGCUUUAUUUACUCCCCUUAUGGAUUUUUAUAAAUUGUAUUUAAAUAAAGACGAUUCGAAUUAUAUCCUAUAUGAAUUCCUUCUCUAUGGUUUAAUUAGAAACUCACGUGACGUUAGUUCCUACGAAUUAAAAGAAUUAUUAUUCCUAGAUGUUUUGCGGGAUGUUUCGAAAAAAGUUAAUAAAUAUUCAAUCAGUCAAGUCAUUGAAGUAGUUACAAAAUUAAAUAUUCUACUUAAAAAACUCAGAUCAAGAGAAGACAUUAUGCAUGUAAAGGAGUAUGCCAAAAGGCAGUUUAGUCUCGAUUAUAUUAACUACGAGCUCUAA